AUGCGUGGAAUACCCGUCGGAAAUCUACCAGCUACCUUCCGGGAUGCUGUUAUUGCCACGAACCAACUAGGAUACCAAUACUUAUGGAUAGACUCGCUUUGUAUCGUACAAGACGAUAACAGGGACUGGGAAACCGAAUGCCCCCGGAUGUCCUCUGUGUUUCAAGGCGCUACUCUUACUAUUGCUGUACCUGGAGCUAAAGACUCAUCCGUGGGGUUUUUACAUAAACGCCCGUUGCACGAUAACCCUGACUAUCAGCCCUGCGCACUUCAGUACCGCGAUUUUCAGGGUAACCCUACCAACACGAUUAAAAUUUGGUAUCCCGGGUUUCACCGUAUCAAGGAGGCCCCCAUAGAUCUGAAUGAGCGUUUAGCGCGUGUUAGGGAUCUUGGUUUCCUUCACGAUCAAUCACAAGUUCUUGGAAAGGAACCCGAAUCGGUUCUCAUAAAUCGCGGAUGGGUAGUCCAAGAGAGAAUGCUUCCUUCGCGUAUUCUUUACUUUGGGUCUUACCAAAUGUAUUUCGAAUGCAGUUUUCUCACCCAGGAUGAGUGCACUCAUGGCAACUCGGAAGACUUCUCUCAUUUCAAAUCCAUUCAACCCUUUUGUACGUGGAAGAAGUCACGAUGGUGGUUUUCUUUCGUCCGGGAGUAUUCCCAGCGUGCUUUGACUUUUAGCAGUGAUCGCCUCCCAGCUAUCUCAGGCAUAAUCCAUGCAUGCAAACCACCCCCUGGAGAAGUUUAUCUAGCUGGAAUCUGGAAGAACAACCUUCCCGAGGCACUUUUAUGGCGUGUCUCGAACAGAACAGAAAACACCGAAGGUCCGAUAGUCGCUCAUAUGGUCGAUGAGACCAACGAUAAAUCAUCGGCUAUCGUUGCUUGGCAGGGCUACGUGGCACCUAGCUGGUCCUGGGCCUCCGCCAACUACGGAGUCGACUUUGAAGAUUUUCAGUUCAAGAGAUUCGGGGGAGUAUCCACUCUUGAGUUUAUUUCAUGCUCGACGACUUUGGUCGACUCAUCAGCCGACGCUGAUCCAUACGGUCGCGUUAAAGCGGGCUAUUUGGAGGUUCGUGGUAAGCUGUGCAAAGCUGCCGUGACCCAGACGCCUGAUCCGAAGAUUAUGUACGCCUGGAAGCUAUCAUCGCAAGGAAUCUUCCAAACACCAGUCAAAUUCUUUCCCGAUGCUAUUUCAGAAUUACUCUCACAUAUCACGACUGACAUAAAUAGACCCUCCGAAAGCAUGGACCCAGGAGGCGCCUUUCCUGAACUGUAUGCUUUAGCGGUUGGGUUUACUGGAGGCUGGUAUGGCUUCGGACUUCUCAUCACGCCGAUAUUCGGAACCAAGAAUCAUUUUCGAAGAGUUGGGCUUUUAACGUUUUACAACGACUAUCGUGGAAAGUAUCUGAAAGAUAUGGCUAUAUGGUUCGGCGAAGGCCAGACAGAAGUGCUUACUAUUUUGUGA